AUGGCGGACGACUCACUCAUCGUACCUGUCCUUCUGGCUAACGGAUCUCUUCGCCACCCCAGUGUGUCGUCCGAUGCACUUGCCCAGGAUCUUAUCGAAGUACUUACUGUUCAGGAGGAAGUGGUAUCUGGCAUCCUUGGAGAGCUCCAGGAUAUUGGUUGGGCCCUGCAGCACGUUCGGAGCCAACCGAACGGUCGUAAGUGGGAAGAGGUGGAACUCGAAGCUCUCAGGAAUGGCAUCAUCGACCCAUCGACCCACAUCGCCCCGCUGCUGGAAAAAUCAGACAACGCCGGAACAAACACGUCUCAGAGACACUUCUCCACGUUCCCUCUAAAGUCCUAUUUGCAUUCCCCUGCAUUGCGCCUGGUUUCGCUGCACGCGGUGCUGUCGUUGCGUCUCUCGUUUGCGCGCGUACCCGAGAUUCAUGAUGGGUUUAUUUGGACGGUGUAUUAUGCUCGGAGUUCUAUUGUGGCGGAUGUUAUUCGUUCUGUGAUCGAGGACUUGGGCCUUGCGAGGAGCUUGCCUAUAGCCGGAGGGGGUAGCAUCGAGUACGUCAUUGAGGAAGGCGGUGAGACUUCGAGGAUCUCAUCUUCUUCAGUGUUGUCUGAUAUCGUCCAGUCGUCCUUGGCAAAUUCCGGCCAGAAGCCUACAUUCCGGUUCUGUGUACCAGAGGAAUGGUACCUUCGCCCACAUGCUCUUUCACCAUCGGCCGUGCAGCCUUCCGAGGACACCUUGAAGCGUUUUGAGGAUAUACAAGCAGAAGAGGAUGACGGAGAGGGUACUGCAAAGCAGAAGAAGUCUACUCUUGGUGCCUCGACGGCGAGUUCUGGCACCGCUCGGCCGACUUCUCCAGAUUGGCGUGGUUCACUCACGAGUCUCUUUGCGUGGCAGCAGCCUACAGCUCUCGCCCCUCCUCCCUCGUCGUCGUCAAAGAAGCGCAAGAGCGUGAGUGACCCAGUGCUUGUAGAGCAACGUACUGGGGGAAGCACUACGUCGAUAUCGCAACCAAGUCUUCCAGAAGACGACACACUAGGUGUCGAUCAAACCGAGUUCGAACAUUGCCUCGAUCAAAUGGCAUUGAAAGGUGACGCAAGAGACAAGAUGUACCAAUUACCAGCUACUAAGAAACGACAGCUCAUUGAACAAGCACGGGCUUUCCAUUCGGUUCCCGACGGGAAAAGUCCUCGACCAUCUCAGUCCACAUAUUCCACAUUUGGAGCUUCUAGCGGGGGAGCUUUACUCCCUCGUCUAGUUCCCCAGUUAACAGGCGACUCCGGAAUACUAAAGCGUUUCUCCAUGGCGACUUGGGGUACGAGCGCCGCAGCAGUACCAGUCAUGUCUCCCGAUCUCAAUCGAUCUAGCGGAGAAUUCGACAUCGGACCUGGAAAAGGACGCACACAAAUCGAGACAGUCGCGGAGAAGAUGCAGCCCUUGCAAGCGCAGACCACUGGCAGUAUGUUUGUCAGCUGGUGGAUGUCCUCAGGUGGAGACGACAAUGCCGAAACAGAAAGCGCAACAUCUGCGAAGCGAUAUGUUGAUGGUUUGCGCAGGAUGAAGGCGGACUCUAAGCUUGUCAAGCAUCUCAUUUCGCUCCGUGUGCAUCUGUCUACUGCAAAGUUACCGUGGAUCGAGGACUUCAUUGCGCAAGAUGGGAUGGAUGCAGUGGGUAGCGCGCUCGCAACGCUCGUUGGCAAGGGCGGGAAGAGGAGGGUCCUGGCGGACAUAGAAGGCACAGUACUACUGGAGAUCAUCAAAUGCCUCAGGGUACUUCUCAACACCCAGGCCGGAUUUGACAGCGUUUUGUCGUCUCCUACAAUCAUUACUCACAUAGCGUACUCGCUUUAUGGUGCCUCUCUGAAGACCCGGACGCUUGCUGCGGAACUUCUUGCCGCGAUUUGCGUGCUAUCGCUCAACCAGGGUCACAAGGCCGUCAUGGCGGCAUUGUCAGAAUACCGCAUCGCCUAUGAUGAAUUGUACCGCUUCGAGUCUCUAGUUACUGCUCUGUGUAUAUCAGAUGGCCAGAGUAACGACCCUGCAACCAACGAUGCUUCUUCACCUGAUGAGGAUGGUAUAUGGGAGGCGCGGACUGCUUUCAUGGCCCUUGUCAAUGCCCUCACUAACUGUCCUGAAUCUCUUGAAGACCGCAUUUUGUUGCGCGAGGAGUUUGGGCGGCGAGGCUUGAAUGAAGUUAUAGUGACUCUCCGUUAUACGAAACCGCCGGACUCCUUACUGACCCAAUUGGAUCUUUAUAUGGAGGAGAAGUACGAGGAUGAAGAAGACAUCCGAGAGCGAGCACGCAAAGCCGUGCAGGGCAGUUGGAGCCACAGAAGAGAGCGUUCUGAAUCAGACGUUUUGCUGGAUGAUCUUCUACAAAGCGCGAACGAUGUGGAGCUCGGAUCUAUAUUAAUGAGUAUUUUGCACCGCCUAUCUUCUGUCGCGAAGAGUGGUGCUGAGUUGAACUUCAAAGUUGAUCAGCUAGCGAUAGUAGAUGCAUUUUUGGAUCAGAUUUCCACUGCAGAUAACAUUGACUCGGGCUGGAUCCCUCUGGUCAAGAGGUUUCUCGACGUAGUUCAGCCCAUUACUGGCCAGGAUAUGAAUAUAGAUACCGUCGAUGGUGGGGCAUCAUCCAAGAUGAAGCGCGAGCUGGAAAGCCUUCAUGCGCAGAUAGAUGAUUUGAUUCAUGAGCUUUGUUCGCGAUCUCACGAAUAUGACAAAGAACUCGGCACUCAAGACAAAGUUCGAACAACGCGUAGGAACAGAGUUGUUCAACGUCUGGUGCAGAAGGAGAAGGAAGUCACUCAACUACGGGCAGAGCUUGAACGCUUGAACGCUCAAAUUUCCAACAACGCGCGCGAUGCUGAGGAACAAGCCAGGAAAGAACGCGAAAGGACAAGGCUUUUCUCUCUCCACGAAGAACUCAAUACACUGCAGCAUCAGUUGAGUGGAAUGAGUGAUUCUCUGUCUGCCAAAGACAAGGAAGUUUUGUACCUCAAACGCGCUCUUGAAUCAGUAUACUCACGCUUUCAAACGAAGGAAGAGGAAAGAGCUUCGGAUAUGGAUGCUCAGCUCAUCGCGAGCCGUACCAUCGAAAAUCUUGCUAAACGAGACAGCGAACUCGCAGCACUGAAGACGGAGGUUUCAGAGCUCAAGCUGUUGUUAGCUGCGAAACCAACGCCUAUCUCAGAAAUGGAGUUCAAGUCCCAGAACGCGCCGCCUCCGCCUCCGCCGCAAGGUUUGAAGUCCAGAGCGACUGCUGUAAGAACGCCCGAAGAAACGGGUGUGAGCGUGACGUCGGAUGCGAGUGGUGUCCCUCCGCCACCUCCGCCGCCGCCUCCUCCUCCUUUAUUGACUGCUCCAAGGCGCAAAGAAUCUUCUACCAUGGAGUCAAAGGAUGUCAGUCAGGCAGCCUUUCCCCCUCCUCCCCCUCCUCCUCCUCCACCACCACCACCACCACCACCACCUCCGCCGCCGUCAUCGUUCCCUUCUUCAGGCUCUGCACCUUCGCCUCCUCCACCUGCACCUCCGCCGCCGCCGCCUCCGCCUCUCCUGCUCAACGCUUCACUCACUGGAUUGCCACCAGGACCACCCGGAGCUCCGCCUCCGCCCCCACCGAGUGGAUCUGCAAUCAGGAUUGGAAAUAAGGCAAAAGUCAAUGGACCAAGACUAAAGCCCUUCUUCUGGACCAAAAUCAGCAAUCAGAAUUGCGGCGCUACAGUCUGGGCAGAAUCUUCAACCGUUCUGGAAUUCACGCUGGAUGACCUUGAAGCGACGUUUGCAAUUGACAACACCCCGACCUCACCUUCGAAAGCCGCAAAUCCCACACGGAAACAAAGUGUUACGACCUUUCUUGAUAUAACUCGUGCUAAUAAUAUCGCUAUCAUGCUUCGGCGUUUGAAAAUAACCCCUCUUGAAAUACGUCAAGCCCUGCUAAGCCUCGAUGAUAAGUUGUCCAUUGAUGACUUGAAAGCCAUCAGCAAGCAGCUGCCGUCUCCGGAAGAGAUCGCUCGUAUGAAGGAUUUCGCAGAUGUAAGCAAGUUAGCGAAGGCUGAUCAGUACUUGAUUGCCAUUAUGGCAAUUCCAAGACUUCUGCAACGGCUAGAAUGCAUGAUAUAUCGCCAGAAACUGGAACUCGAGAUCGAGGAAAUUCGUCCAGAUCUGAAAAUUGUUCAUGAUGCUUGUAAAGAAUUACGAGCAUCUGAACGUUUCAAGUCGACAUUACGGGCUGUUCUCACAGUUGGGAACGCAUUGAAUGGGUCUAGCUUUCGUGGAGAUGCUCGUGGGUUCCGCCUGGAGGCGCUCGUGAAAAUGAAGGAAACGAGGACGGCGAGGAGUAGCUCAGAAUGCCCUACACUCCUGCACUAUGUCGCACGAGUUCUUAUUCGUACCGACCCGUCACUUACACUUUUUAUCGAUGAGAUGCCUAGUGUGGAAUCAGCUGCCCGCAUCUCCUUCCCAACAUUACAACAGAAUGUGCAGUCUUUACUCACGUCGCUGGGUAAGGUCAAAGAAGAAAUAACUCUGCUAAAGCAGAGUCACACACCUUCCGAUAACGACCAAUUCGUGACAAUCAUGCAGCCAUUUUCUCUCAAAGUGGCCGAAAGCGUCGACGCGCUCAAUAAGAUGGCUUCCCUCGUUGAAAUAGACUUACGAGCUAUCUUCUCUUACUAUGGCGAAGACCUAGAUUCGCCAGAGGGACCAAAGCCGGAUGAUUUCUUUGGGAUGAUUUGCUCGUUUUCAUCAUCUUUACAGAAAGCCGCUUUGGAAAUACACGAUGUACAGAAGAAAAAGGCCCCUGACUUGACGCAGGGGCAGGGGAAGAUGUCAUCUUCGCCACGAACUAACCCCGAAGAGACCGCCAAGGCACAACGUGAUCCCUCACACAACUUACUCCUACCCCCUGCCGGCACACACGAACGUUCGGCAUCUAUUGGUCGCGGUGACCUCGAUGAAGCCAUCCGUACUUUGAGAGAAGGUCGUACUAGGAGAUCUCGAGCUCCUCGUUCCAUCACUAGAGCAAGCAAGAUAUUCCUUGAUGGACGACCCGACCUAUCGUAA